CCAAUAAACAAUCCAGUCACUCUUUACCUGAGCCACAGGUAUUCUUCCUCAGAAGGUGACCUCCAACUUCCUGUCUUUAACGACCCUGAGGAGGCAGACAUGUCGUUCAUGCUGUUGACUCUAGCCUUCCUGCUGAGCUGCUCCAUGCUGGUCCAAUGUUCAGUCUUCCUCGACAAGCUAUCUGCUGUGCAGGUGCUGCAAUCCUCCACUAGGAGGCGACGUGCCAACUCCUUCUCUCUGGAAGAGAUGUUACCAGGAAACCUGGAGAGGGAGUGCUAUGAAGAGCGCUGCUCCCAAGAGGAGGCAGCUGAGAUCUUUAAGACCCACGAAACCACAAUGGAGUUUUGGUACAGAUACAAAAAUCUGAAUCCCUGUCACACCAACCCCUGUCUUAACGGAGGCAUCUGCACUCAGGACCGAGAAGACUUUCUGUGUCUUUGUCCUCCUGGGUUCCACGGCAAGACCUGCAACUCAGAGGUGUCAGAGUGUCGCAAUAGAAAUGGUGGCUGCCUGCAGUACUGUAAAGACCUGACAGGGGGCGCUGGUGUUCAAUGUGGCUGUGCUAAUGGAUUUAAACUGGAGACUGAUGGAAAGACCUGCACACCAACAGUGGAGUUACCCUGUGGCAGACAGCAGAGGACAGGGUUGUUCUAUAGUCGCUCCUUGUUGGAUCUCUCUGAAGACACAAACCUAACCAUGGCAAUGGACACCAUGUUGGACUAUAACAGCACAAACAGUGAAGUUCAUGAACACAACAAAACAGAAUCGUCUGAGGAGCCCAUGACAACAAACUCAACAUUAGGUGCGACAAGUGGAAACAAGACUGAGCUGGGGGGACAAGUGGAGCAGGAUCGAUCUCAUCGUAUCGUGGGAGGAAACCUGGAGAGUAGAGGAGGAAGUCCCUGGCAGGUUCUGAUCCACAGGUCAGAUGGGUCUGGGUUCUGUGGAGGAACCCUGGUUUCAGAUCGAUGGGUCCUUUCUGCAGCUCACUGCUUCGAAGACUCUGCAGACCACGUCACUGUAGGCAACUAUGAUAAAAAACGUCUUGAUCCAGGCGAGCAGACGAUAAAGAUCCAGGAGAUCAUUGUCCAUCCACAUUUCCACACCUUCACCUUCGAUAGCGACAUCGCCCUCCUCUACCUGGCCGAGCCCGUCAUCAGGGGCCCCACAGCAGUACCAGCCUGCCUGCCGGACUCCCACCUGUCAGGAUAUCUGCUGAGGGACGAGACCCGGGGCGUGGUAACGGGGUGGGGGGCCACUCAGUACCUGGGCAGCUCCUCCCGCUUCCUGAGGAAGGUGACACUGCCGGUGGUCAGCGACCAGGCGUGUUCUGCCUCCACUGAACAGGUGAUCACAGACAACAUGUUUUGUGCAGGUUACCUAGACACCAGCAUGGACGCCUGCAGCGGAGACAGCGGCGGCCCGUUUGUGGUCCACUACAGAGGAACUUGGUUUUUGACUGGGAUUGUCAGCUGGGGAGAGAAAUGUGCCGCUCAGGGAAAAUACGGCGUUUACACCAGACUGGGAAACUUUCUGAGCUGGAUCAAAGAUACCAUGCAGGAAGUGGACCAGAAUGGGACACGGAGAUGAUGAUGACCAGGGUUUUAAAUAAACCACACUAGGACCAUCACCAUCGGUCUGGAAGGAUGUGCAGAGGGUAAACCUGAAGGUUUCUGCAGGAUAAAAAUAAAGUCAGAACAUUGAGACAGAACCUCAGCAGGCAUUAGUGAGCCCUAUCACUUUAACACCCUGCUUAAGUCAAAUCAUUGUUUUCUGUCAGAGACACAGAAAGUUGUUUUUUUUGCUAAUUCGAGUGUUUUUCAAAAAAUUACAGGUUUUAGUAUAUUUUUGUACAAAUCCAUAGUUGAAAAGAAAAACUAUGAUUCAGUUCCUAACUGGAUUAAGGUUGGCUAACAUGCAAUACUAAAGCAGGAAGAUUGUUUAACUGCAAUGUUCUACAGGCAGCUGGAGGUGCAGGAUCCACUGUCAGCCAGAGCCGCACUCAGUACUCAGAACCCUGCAGACUGUGCAGCAGAACUCCGCUUCCACAGUUACAUUGCUGCAAUGCAUGAGUGCAUUUAGCAGCAGAAACCUGCAGGAGUGGUGGUGACUGCAGGUCGGUCCAUUUCAGCAAGUCACAUUAGAUCAUCCUGUUCACAAUUGUUGGAUGUUCAUGUACAAAGGCUUAAACAAAUAACUUUUUAUCUGUUUGCAAGAUCCACAACAUCUUAUUCUGCAUUUAAUAAAGAGUCAUUUCACUGCU